AUGGAGCCCUCGCUUCUCCCGGAGUGGCAGCGGGCCUUGCUGGCCAAGAAGCGGGCCAAGGCGGCCUCUCUCUCCGGCCUCCUCGAGCUCUACUCGGCCCGGCCGGGAGUCCGGACCCUCCGGGCCGAGCGCAUCGUCAUUGUCGAGCUCCGCGAGGGGGAAGCGGCCUACGGAGGCGGCGACGGAGCGGCGGAGCUGAGGGCCGAGGAGGUGCUGCUCUACCAGCCGGAGCCGGGCCGCGUUCGUCUUCUGAGGCGGCAGUACGAGAAGGAGAAGCUGCGCAUGUCUGAAGGGGAACGGGGCUCGCCGCGCAUGCGCCCCUCGCCGCCACAGAAACCUAUGGACACCAAUCGCCAGAACGGGCAAGAGGAAGCGCCGGGCGCCGCACUGCACAUGCGCGAAAGGCAUGCGGCCACAUUGGAGGACCCUCUGUGCGUGUCCGAAGCGCAAAGGUGGCAGCCGCGCAUGCGCAGCACCUCGCCACAGAACCCUACGGACGCCUCAAGCCGCCAAUCAAACGGGCAAGAGGAAGCGCCGGGCGCCGCUCGGCGCAUGCGCAUGGCGCCCUCUUUGCACACGCCCAAAGGGCAAAGCGGCUCGCCGCGCAUGCGCAAAGGCCGGCGCGUUGCGUCGCUACCUAUGGACGCCUCAAGCCAGAAGGGGGAAGCGGAAGCGCCGGGCGCCGCACUGCGCAUGCGCGGCGGCCAGGACGACAUGCGCAUGUCCGAAGCGCCAAGGCGGGUGCCCCGGAUGCGCGAAGGCCGGCGCAGCGCGUCGCUACGGGUUCAAGAGAAGGAAGCGCCGGGCGCCGCACUGCGCAUGCGCGAUUCGGACACGGAGGCUUCCGGUGGCGCGCUGCGCAUGCGCAGCCAAUACGUGGAGAGGAUCGCCGCCAAUUCCUUCGUCGUGCACCCAAAAGGGCGCCGCGCUAUAGAUCCCAGGGAGGGAUUGGCGGAGGGAGGCGCCCGGCCUGGCGCUACGCUUCCCAGAGGCGGCGCCUGGACGGUGGCGCCGCGCACUAUGGUUCCCAAGGAAAGCGCCUGGGCGCCGGACGCUACGUUUCCCAAACGAACAGCCUGGCCGCCUGCGCCCGGCGCCACGUUUCCCAAACAAGGCGCCUGGGCAACGGCGCCUCAUACUACGCUUCCCAAGGAGGGCGCCCGGGCGCCGGCGCCGCACACUAUGCAUCCCAAGGAAGGCGCCUGGUCCGAUGCUACAGUUCCCAAAGGAAGCGCCUGGGCGGCGGCGCCCGAUUCUACGGUUCCCAAGGCUUUGCCCGACGCUACGGUUCCCAAAGAAAGCGCAUGGCCGCCUUCGCCCGACGCUACAGUUCCCAAGGCUAGCGCAUGCAUGCCUUCGCCCGACGCUACAGUUCCCAAGGCUAGCGCAUGCAUGCCUUCGCCCGACGCUACAGUUCCCAAGGCUAGCGCAUGGCUGCCAUCGCCCGACGCUACAGUUCCCAAGCAUGGCGCAUGGAUGCCUUCGCCCGACGCUACAGUUCCCAAGCAAAGCGCAUGGCCGCCUUCGCCCGGCGCUACAGUUCCCAACGAGAGCGCAUGGGCGCCAUCUGACUGCCGCGCUACAACUCCCAACGGCGCCCUGCCCGCUUCGCCACAUGAGAGCGCCUGGCCGGCGUGCUACGUCUCCCUUGCGCCAAGGGAGCCCCGCGCUACGACUCCCGACCCCGUUGCGCCGCCGCCGGGCGCACGCCUGCGCUACGACUCCCACCCCUUGGCGCCAAACUACAGUUCCCAAGAAGGUUCAAGGGAGCCGCGCGCUACGACUCCCGAGGCGGCGCCCUCCCUCCCGGAUGGUGCGCAUGGCGCCCGGCUGCGCUACAACUCCCGCCGCGCCUUCCAGGUCACGCCAGGCGCCGACCGGGUGCCGGUCACCCUCAUCGACGGCGGCGCUACGGUUCCCCUGGCGCCGCUGGGGGUCCUCAGCCCGCGCCUGGAGGGAUGCGACGUCGCCGCCCUGGGUCCCGGGUUCGAGGAGUUCCCGGCGCCCGGCGCGGAGGGAGACGUAGCGCGCUACCCAAGGGCGGAGGAGAUUGAGGUGAUUGGCGGGUACCUGUCGCUGGAGAGGUCCUGCAUGCGGAAAGGCGGGGCCAGGCGGAGGAAGAAGCUGAAGAUCUCCUUUGACGACCUCCACACCAUGUUUGAGUACCCUUCCGAGACCUCCCUAGAAGGGCAGGAAGAGGAAGAGGAAGCGGAAGAGGAGGAAGAGGAAGAGGAAGAAGAGUACGCCUCCGAGGUGGACCAGGCCCCGCCCCUUCCUGUCGCCAAGAGGAGGAGCAGCGCAGGAAAUCAAAAUUGA